AUGGACGCCUACAGAGAUCCCUGCCCUUCCCGUAUCGUCACAGACUGCGGCAGCGCGUUCGCCAUGGGCGCAAUCGGCGGCAGCCUUUGGCAUGGCGUCAUCAUGGGCUGGCCCCAAGCGCCACGAGGGAUGCGCAUGUCCUCCGCCAUUACGGCUCUCAAAACGAAGGCGCCGAGCCUGGGCGGCAGCUUCGCCGUGUGGGGCGGCCUGUACUCCAGCUUCGAUUGCACAUUCGCCUAUCUGCGAGGAAAGGAAGACUUCAAGAACUCCAUCAUGUCGGGUGCUGCCACCGGUGCGGUCCUCGCUGCGCGAACGGGAUGGAAGGGAUCUCUGAAGAGCGGUGUGGUGGGAGGUGGCCUGCUGGCGUUGAUCGAGGGUAUUGUCUUCGUCAUCUCGCGACAAAGCCCAGCUCAGCAGCAAGAUUUCGGCUACGCGCCGCCACCCCCGCCGCUCGAGGAUGUGCUCGAUGUGGAGGAGAAGGGCGGUUUCUUCUCCAGCCUCACCAACCUCUUCUCGAAGAAGGAGGAAUCGAAACCCUUCGAGAUGGAAGAGGAGACGACGAUGGACGAUUUCGGUCAGGAGACGAAGGAGGACGAUUUUGGCGAUCUCUUCCAGCCACCGCCCGCCACCUCCUGGGGCGACGACAGCUGGAGCACAGAAGAGAAGGAACACUCCUAA